AUGUUUAAUAAAAAAAAAGACUAUAUAAAAAAAAAAUAUAAAGACGUUCCUCCAUUAAACAUUGGUGAUGUGAAUAGAAUAUUACAAUAAUAUAAGAAUGAUGAAGAUAAAUUUCGAAUGUUUACAUCAAUUUUAGAAAUAUAAAAAUAGCACACUACACGAACUCAUUAAAGUAAUACAGAGGAAAUACUUAGAAAUAAUGUAUAGAGAUUGAUUGAACUUUAUGGUGAUGUAGAUAUUAAUCAUGAUGCUCUCAAUAAUAUUUAUAAAAAUAUUGAUGAAAAUUAAGACAUCUAAACUUAGAUAGAAAAAAUUGAAUAUAGCAAUAUAUUUUAAGGCAAUAUGAAUUCUUAAAUAAUAAGUGUAUAAAGACAGAUUGAGAGAUAUGAUCAUUAUUUAAAUGUCAUCUAAACUAAGCUUUCUAAAAAUGUAUUCACUAAUUACUCAAGUUAUCUCUAAGCUCUUACUCAUAUUGAUUAAAUUGGAAAUAUCAGUUAAGAGUUACUAAUUAAAGUUCGAUAGAGCAGAGAAAAGAUGUAGAAAACCUAAUAAUUAGUUUUAAAGUAAAGUAAAUAGAUUUUAGAGAAAAGACAAUAAAUCUUAAAUAAAUAAGUAAAUGUAUAAUAUUAUUAUAGUAAUUGAUAGAAACAUUAAAAAAAGUCAAAGAUUAUUAUGCUUUACCUUAUGAAAGAUUUGUAUUGAGUAUGUAGAAUGGAUAUAUAGAUGCAUCUAUUUACCUACCUACAAUAAUUGUACUUUUUAUCUAAUAUAUAGAAUAUUGAAAUAAUUGAUGGUUUAUAAUUGAUACCUAAAAAUUAUAAAGAGGAUAAGAUUGAAUACGUUAGAUAAUUAACAUGUAAAGGGAUAAUUGAUUAAUUUAUCAAUUAUGAUGAAAAAAUAUACAAAAUUCAUUAUGAUUCGUAUAUUUAUAUGGAAGUACAUCUAUUAAUUUAAAUAAGAAAAAUAAUAUAGUUUAACCUUAUGAUUCAAUAGUUCAUAUCCUUAUAUUGAAAGCAUUUGAAGCUAAAUUAUAAAUUGUUUUUGAUCAAAUUAGUUAAAUUUUAUCAAUAGACUUUUAUUUUGACAAUUUAACAGAUUCAUUAAAUCAAAUAUCAAAAGAAUAACUAACUGAAUUUUAUAGAGAAUUAUAUUGUCAAACAGUUCAUUUCUUUAUGAAUUUUCAUUUGAUAAUAAGAUUCCAUUUAGAUAAUACUUAAAAUUCAUCAAUUAUUUAAUUAAGAAAAUUAAUUUAUGAAAAAGUAUUUGAUAGAAUAUGUGAUUUUAUUAAUUAAACAACAAGUUGGCCAAGAAUGAAUAAAGAAGAUAUGAUAUGUUUUUUUGGUAUGCUUACUAUAUUAAUUUCUAAAUGUGAAAUAUUUGGAGGUUAAAAUCUAUAGAAAUACAAAACAUUUAUAGAAGAUAAAUUUAGUAAUUAUUUAGAAACAAUAGGAAAUGAUAAAUAAAUUAGAGAAUUAUUAAUAAAUGAAGAUUGUAAGAAAUGUAUAAAAAUUACACUUAAUUAAACUUAAAAUAUUUUGUAAAUAGCUAAUAAAUAAUCAAAAUUCCAUAUUUUUGAAUAUUAAGAUCCAUUUCCAGAUACUUUGAAUAUAUUUAAAUCAAUUGAAUAUAAGAAAAUAAUUGAUUUAAUUAUAGGUACAACUGUUUCUAUAAAAAAAUAAACCAAUAUUUCUAGUUUAAUUUAUUAAGGAAAAGAAAGAACACUUAUGUUGACAUAGACUGUUAAUUAAUUAUAUAUAAUUAUUCAAUAAUAAUUAUUGUACAUUCAUUUUUGUUAAUAACAUAAAGUAAAGUUAAUUGAAGAAUUAAUUUUCUUAAUUAAUUAUUAUAUUUAUACAUUAGCUAUUCCAAUGAUAUUAGAUGAACAUAAAAGAUAUAUAUUUGAUGAUACACUUAAUUUUAAUUAUGACUAAAAGCAAGAACCAGAUUAAUAUACAUAAUAAUUUGAACAUAUUAGUUAAGUUUUUAUUUACAGAGAAAAAUAUGGUGAUUUGAUUAAAUAUCUAAAAAAAAUUAAUAUUCCAGAAGAUCUUAAAGUUAAAAAAAAUUAUUAAUUUGAUUUAAUGGAUAGAGUUGUAUACAUUGAAUCAAUCAUUUUUCUACUUAAUGAAUUUGAAUCAAUUAAAGAAACAUUUAAUGAAUUUAAACCAUUUUACUAAGAAUUAAAUUCAAUAAUAGGUUAAUUAUAGGAAAUUGUAAUUAGAGAUAGUAUUAAUAAAGAACCUUAUGCUUAAUUAGUUUAAUGCAAAUAUGAUUUGAAAUAGAAUGAUAAAGAUGAUUAAUAAAGGAUUUAAUUAAUUGAAAAAAUAAUAACUACAAAUGAAAUUAAAUUACAAGGAUUAUCUUAAUAAUAAUUAUUUGAAGUCUAAAUGUAUUAUUAUGAUGAACUCAUAUAUCUAUUUGCAGUUGUUUAUUCAAGAAUUAAGAAGGUAAAUAAUAUUGGUAGAGAAGUUAUGUUGAAUGAUUACUAAAGGGUCUCAAAAACUUAUAAUGUUGAAAAUACUUUAUAUGAAUCUUAUGUAAAAAUACUUAAUUCAAAUUAAGCAGAUACAAUUAUUGAAUAUAUGAAUAAUCAUUAAGUAAUUUAAUAUAUUAAUUCUUAGAAAAUAUUUCCAUAUAAAAUGUUAAUGGGAUUAUUUAAUGCAUAAGGAUUAUAAAAUUGCAAGAAAUAACAAAGAAAAGAUUAAUUAAUUAAGAUCUUUUAAAACUACUAGCAAUGA